AUGACACAUAAAUCCAAUCGAAAACGUAUUGCACGUCGAGAUAUUUCUUUAGCAAUCAAGAAUGAUCAUGACCUUAUUGCAUUGUGCUUUGCAGUAACCAUUCCAGAAGGUGGUGGUCAACCAUUUAUUCAUCAGAUAUUACUCAAUACCAAUCGACGUCGUCGCAAUUCUCGAGUUCAAUCUUCUCAAGACGGUGUUAAAAACUCAUCGUCAAAUAAGACAAAAUCAAAAUAUAAACAAGCGGCGAACAAUAAUACUAGUAAUACGGAUACUGAUGAUAAUUUGCCACGACAUUCAUUGAAUGCCAAUGAUAGCGAUCUACAAAUGGAGUGA